AUGUUCCUCCUUCUGGCCCUUCUCAGCGGCCUCCGCGGCUUGCACGGAGGCCCCAAUCAUCAGAAAACAUUUCUUCAGACCACAGUUCCUGAAAAGAUUUCAACAUCUGAGGCAAUAAAAGAUCCAGAAAAUAAUGUUGCUUAUAUCAUUGCAAUAGAAGGAAAACCAUACUUUGUCCAUCUCAAAAAGCAAUCAUUUUUAUCUUCAGCUUCUGUUGUCUAUUAUUAUGACAAAGAUGACACCCAACAUUCUCAGCCUUUGUUAGCUCAGAUGGAUUGCAAUUAUCAUGGAUAUAUCGCAGGUUUUCCAAAUUCUCUUGUAUCACUCAACAUUUGUUCAGGACUCAGGGGAACAUUGCAGUUUAAAAACAUCUCGUAUGGAAUUGAACCAGUUGAGGCUGUAUCAGGAUUCAUGCACAUGAUUUAUGAAGAAAAAAAUGAUAUAACUAAUAUUCCUCCGUUAUUGGAAAAUGACACUUAUAGCUCUGAAAGCUCACGGUAUCAAGUGAGAAAAAGUUCAGAAAAACCUGUCUAUUUCCAGUUAUUCCCCCGAUAUCUUGAUAUGUAUAUUGUUGUGGAUAAAAAUCUGUUUGAUUACAUGAGCUCUGAUAUAAAAGCUGUAACACAGAAAGUUAUUCGGAUCAUUGGCUUUGUUAACACCAUGCUUACUCAGUUAAAACUGACUGUUAGAAUAUCUUCCAUAGACAUUUGGUCAAACAAAAACAAAGUUUCUACUGUAGGUCAUCCUAAUCAUGUAUUAUACAGGUUUAUAGAAUGGAAAUAUGAAUCUCUCUCCCAUCCUCAUCAUACUGCAUACUUAUUUGCCUUCCGGAAAACUCCUACUUUUAUAGGAGCCACAACUCCUGGAAAAAUAUGUGAUAAGAAUUUUGCCGCAGGAUUUGCUUUGUAUUCAGAGGGUUUAUCCUUGGAGUCAUAUGCUGUCAGUAUCGUGCAGUUGCUUGGCCUUAAUGUGGGAAUGAGUUAUGAUAAUCCUGAGAUCUGCCAUUGUUUAGGAGAUGUUUGCACAAUGUCACCAGAAGCUGUGCACUCUGGGGGUAUAAGAGAUUUUAGCACCUGUAGCUUGGAUGACUUUAAAUAUUUUGCUGCACAUUCUGGCAUUGAGUGUCUUCAUAAAAUCCUUCCUGAUGAGCCAGUUUACAAACAGAAGAAAGUGUGUGGCAAUGGAAUUUUGGAAUCAGGUGAACAAUGUGACUGUGGCACUUUACUGAAUUGCACACAUCCAAACUGCUGUAAUCCUGCAUCAUGUACAAAGAAAAAAAAUAAAUUAUGUGGUUCUGGGGCAUGCUGCACACAGGACUGCAAGGUAAAACCAGUUAAUACACCUUGUAGGGAACCGGUUGAUGAAUGUGAUUUUCUGGAAUUCUGUAAUGGGAAUAAUUCACAAUGUGUGCCUGACACUUUUGCACGUGAUGGACAGAGGUGUGAUUCAGGUGACUCCUUCUGUUACGGAGGGCGAUGUCGGUCGUUUACCAGACAGUGUAAACAAUUAAUUGGAGGAGCAUCUAGAGGUGCUCCAUUUGCUUGUUUUGAUGAAAUAAAUUCAAGAGGAGAUAAAUUUGGAAACUGUGGCCGAAACUAUUGUGAUUACCCCCAUAUGUUAUGUGGAAAAUUAGUUUGUGUCUGGCCACACAAAACUUUAGUAUCACGAGCAAAUUUAUCUGUGAUUUAUACACAUGUACGAGAUGACAUAUGUGCAUCAACAUUUCUAAACACAGAGAGGGUACCUAGAGAUACACUGAGUACAUUUGAAGAUGCUGGAGACAGAGAUGAAACGUUUGUAGCCGAUGGCUCUGUGUGUGGUCCUGAUAUGUACUGUGUGAAAUUUAAAUGUGUAGAGGUUAAAUACCAAAUCAAUUCUACACUUUGUGAUUCUGCCAGAGAUUGUAAUUCACAUGGAAUCUGCAACAAUUUUAACCAUUGCCAUUGUAAAAUGGGGUUUGCUCCUCCUCAGUGCAAGCCGUUGGCAGGAGAUUUUGGAAGUAUUGAUGAUGGUCACAGGGGCAAAGUUGGUAAAAAGCUUUUGAGGGGAAGAUCUCUCAGUCAUCCAAAACACAGAUUUCAACUCAUUUUCUUCAUUUCUCUACCUGUGUUCAUCAUUACUGCUGCUGUUAUAAUAAUAAAGCAGAGUAAAAUAAGAGAGCUGUGCUACAGAGGAGAACCUGAAAGUGACAGAUCUGUGUCGGAAGAAAGCAGCAGUAACAGCAAGUUGUCCCCCAGUGUAAGUUCCAACGUCUACCCUAUCUACUCUAACUUGAAUGCAGAAAAGGGUCUGAAUCAGGAAAAAGUCUUACUCCCAGAGGGAAUAAUGCUUUCACCAGGAAACAAAGCAGUGAUGCCUUUAAUCGAAAUUAAGACUGCUGCAUAG